UGGUCAGUUUUCUGUCGCAUGAUUAUACACCCGGUUACAUACCGGUAACGAUAGCACACAUAUAAACUACGCUCCCUACAAUAUUGUACAGGUUUGCAACCGGUUUUUAGCCCGCACAUUUCCGCCGAUAAACGAGAGAAGAAACCGCGACCUGUCACGACGCUGUCCCCGCUUGGCUUCUCCCUCAAGACCUACAAAGGAAGCAGGACUUUCGUUCUCCACCUCGGCAACCAGAAAAGAAUCACUGAGAGAGGACGUGCAUCCGUGCGAUGGAAAAUAGAUUUCUUCGGUUGUAUAGUACAGAGAAGCAGCGAUUGAUACGAUCCAUGUCCGAAAAUUUAUUCGCCUGAACUCUUCUCCUCCUCCUCUUCUCCCAAGAGAUCCAAUCAUACCGACCGCUCCUCCCGGUUAUCAAUGGCUUACGUUCGUCGUAACCCCUUGCCUCUACAGCUAGGUAGCACGAGCAGAAUUACUUUCGCCCAAGAAUUCGCCGUCAGUGCCCUCUCGGCGUCGCUGGCCCACAUCCCCCACCACCCGCUGUACACACUGAAGAGCCAGAUGAUGUUCUACGGAACAGAGUUUAGCAUUGUGAACUUCGUGAAACACACCAAGAAGACGAAGGGCACGUUCCUUUUCCAAGGUCUUAUCCCCAGAACGUUUGGCAUUGCCCCGGAGAAGGCCCUCAAGAUGCAGGCCUGGGUCAUGGUCGGUCGCUGGGUAGACCGCCACGUUGAAAAUCCCACCAUCACCAAGUGGAUGCUGGCUGGUGCCAGUGCUGGCGCUGCCACCACCCUUAUAGGUUGCCCGUCCGAACGAGCAAUGGUCCUGGCACACAUUCAGAAGAAGGGCUUCAUGGACGUGGUUCGCAGCACCGGUAUCCGUGGCCUGUAUCACGGCUUCGAGCCCACUCUCUACAGAGACGUCACUUUCAACAUGGCCUUCUUCACUUUCCGGGAGAUCAUUGUGCGUCUCUACCGCAAGCACUACGACAGCGACCCGGACCCCUUCCAGAGGACUGUGAUGGGAAUAGUGAGUGGGACAAUGGCGUCUGUGUUUGCCUGUCCUUUCGACGUGGUUAAGACGAGGAUCCAGGGAGGCGAGCUGGCUACCACCGGUGCAUCAACCACCAAGCAGAGUGAGUGGGCCCUAAAGCUCCUAUGGAACAUUUCGCAGCGCGAAGGACCCCGCACUCUACUGAGAGGCCUUGGACCAAGACUCAUUGCCGUCCCCAGCUAUAUGUCGGUCUUCUACGUAGUGAAUGAGGAACUCGAGUGGCACUUGCUGAAUAAACGACUGACUAACUAA